AUGGAGAAUGUAAGAAUAAGAAUACCAUCUCAUUUGGCUGUAUGCUUUACCGAAAAGAGACUUGUAGACUUGAGCGAGGUGAUACAAAUGAUGGACAGCUGUGUAUCAGCAGGUAUUCGGCAACUGUCUCUAUAUGAUCCAUACGGUGAAUUAGUUGGCCAAAUUGGUCAGAUUGAACAAGCAUGUCGUCUGUUCAUUCGUGCUGAUCUUUUCUGCGACGGGGAAUGUUUACAUUCGAACGGUCUUGCUAAUUUACAAGUGAACGUCUUAUCAAGAAAAAUGGGGAAAACUGCUCUAGUUGAAGCUUGUAAAACUUUAUGUCGGGAAGACGAAAAAAUAACUACGGAGCGAGUAUCAAAGAUACUCGAGGAAAAAUUCCACCUCAGUGAUCCAGACUUUUUACUUCAAAUUGGAAGUGUACCAACUCUCUGCGGUUAUCCACCCUGGAACCUUCGAAUCACUGAAUUCCUACAAUCUCCGCGUCUUCCAUGUUCGAGAAGAGCGCUCGAUUAUUGUGUGGAAGCGUUUAGCCAACGAGACAUUCGUGUUGGCAAGUAA